GGUCGAGUGACGGGGAGGGUCGCGGGGGGGAGAAGCAGCAUUCGCCUGAGGCGGGAGGAGGCUGCGCUGCAUCCCCGCCCAGCCUGCCUAUGCGGUUCUUGAAGGAUGGCGAAGAGGUCGCGCAGUGAGGAUGAGGAUGAUGACCUUCAAUAUGCUGAUCAUGAUUAUGAAGUACCACAGCAAAAAGGAUUGAAAAAACUCUGGAACAGAGUAAAAUGGACAAGAGAUGAGGAUGAUAAGUUAAAGAAGUUGGUUGAACAACAUGGAACUGAUGAUUGGACUCUCAUUGCUAGUCAUCUUCAAAACCGUUCUGAUUUUCAGUGCCAGCAUCGGUGGCAGAAAGUUUUAAACCCAGAAUUGAUAAAGGGUCCAUGGACUAAGGAAGAAGAUCAGAGGGUUAUUGAAUUAGUUCAGAAAUAUGGGCCAAAAAGAUGGUCUUUAAUUGCAAAACAUUUAAAAGGAAGAAUAGGCAAGCAGUGUAGAGAACGAUGGCAUAAUCAUCUGAAUCCCGAGGUAAAGAAGUCAUCCUGGACAGAAGAAGAGGACAGGAUCAUCUAUGAAGCACAUAAGCGCUUGGGAAAUCGUUGGGCAGAAAUUGCCAAACUCCUUCCUGGAAGGACUGAUAAUUCAAUCAAGAAUCAUUGGAAUUCUACUAUGCGAAGAAAAGUGGAACAGGAGGGUUACUUACAAGAUGGAAUAAAAUCAGAACGAUCUUCAGCCAAACUUCAACACAAACCUUGUGCGACUAUGGACCAUUUGCAAACCCAGAAUCAGUUUUACAUACCUGUUCAGAUCCCUGGGUAUCAGUAUGUGUCACCUGAAGGCAAUUGUGUAGAACAUGUUCAAACUUCUGCCUUUAUUCAGCAACCCUUUGUUGAUGAAGAUCCUGAUAAAGAAAAAAAAAUAAAGGAGCUUGAGUUGCUUCUAAUGUCAGCUGAAAAUGAAGUUAGAAGAAAGAGAGUUCCAUCGCAGCCUGGAAGCUUUUCUAGCUGGUCUGGUAGUUUCCUCAUGGAUGAUAGCAUGUCUAAUACUCUAAAUAGCCUCGAGGAGCAUACUAGUGAGUUUUACAGUAUGGAUGAAAAUCAGACUGUAUCUGCUCAGCAGAAUUCACCCACAAAGUUCCUGGCCGUAGAGGCAAAUGCUGUGUUGUCCUCUCUACAGACCAUCCCAGAAUUUGCAGAGACUCUAGAACUUAUUGAAUCUGAUCCUGUAGCAUGGAGUGAUGUUACCAGUUUUGAUCUUUCUGAUGCUGUAGCUUCUCCUGUCAAGUCCACCCCAGUUAAACUAAUGAGAAUUCAACACAAUGAAGGAGCCAUGGAAUGUCAAUUUAAUGUCAGUCUUGUACUUGAAGGGAAAAAAAACAAUUGCAGUGGUUCAGAUAACGGUUCAGAGGCUGUUCCUUUAACAUCUCCAAGUGUGGUCAAAUUUAGCACUCCACCAACUAUUCUCAGAAAAAAGAGAAGAAUACGAGUGGGCCAGUCCCCAGGCAGUGAACUUAGUGAUGGCUCAUUUAAUGACAGCAAUAAUACAGCAUUAAAACACACACCAGUGAAAACACUACCGUUUUCUCCUUCACAGUUUUUUAACACAUGUCCUGGAAAUGAACAGAUUAAUAUAGAAAAUCCUUCAUUUACAUCAACCCCUAUUUGUGGGCAGAAAGUUCUUAUUACAACUCCUCUUCAGAAGGAAACAACCCCGAAAGAUCAAAAGGAAAAUGUGGGGUUUAGAACACCUACUAUUAGAAGAUCUUUAUUGGGUACUACACCAAGAACUCCUACUCCUUUUAAGAAUGCACUUGCUGCUCAGGAGAAAAAAUACGGACCUCUUAAAAUAGUGUCACAGCCACUUGCUUUCCUGGAAGAAGAUAUUCGUGAAGUUUUAAAAGAAGAAACUGGAACAGACAUAUUCCUCAAAGAGGAAGAUGAACCUGCUUACAAAAGCUGCAAACAAGAGCAUACUACUUCUGUGAAGAAAGUGAGAAAAUCGCUAGUCUUAGAUAAUUGGGAUAAAGAAGAAACAGGUACUCAACUAUUGACAGAAGACAUUUCAGACAUGCAGUCAGAAAAUAUAUUUACAACAUCUUUAUUAAUGAUACCAUUAUUGGAAAUACAUGACAAUAGGUGCAUCUUGACUCCAGAAAAACAAGAUAUAAAUUCAACCAACAAAACAUAUACACUUAAUAAAAAGAAACCAAACCCUAACACUUCCAAAGUUGUCACAUUGGAAAAGACUCUUCAGUCAAAUUGUGAAUGGGAAACAGUGGUUUAUGGGAAGACAGAAGACCAACUUAUCAUGACUGAACAAGCAAGAAGAUACUUGAGUACUUACACAGCUACCAGCAGCACUUCCAGAGCUCUAAUAUUGUAAUUGUUAUUAAAACUGAUGAAAUGCCUCACUCUCUUAGUAUAUUCAAUGCCAAAUUAGGUUGCAAUGAAAUUUUUGUGAAUUAAUUGUUUUUAAAGUUUUAAUACAACCCUGAAAAGUUUCAUCUUUUUUCCCACUUUGGUCAGGAGAAAACUAAGGCACUUAAGUAAUGAGUGAGCAAUUCCUUAACUUAUUUUUUAGAGAUAAAAAAUUUUUGAAAGUAGUUUUCAAAGAACAAGAUGAGAAAGUCAAUUAGAAUUUUUAUGAUAUUCUAAAAGUAAAUCCUCACAUUUUCUUUAGAAGAUAUAUAUAUUUGCUACUCUCUUGAUGCUACCAUUUUGUUACUGAUAUGUUCAUCAGUAUGUAUGAUUUCUAAAAUUAGUCUGUGUGUAAGGGAGCUACAUCACACGUUUUUUUGAAGUACUUUUACUUACAUGCUGAUUUACUUAGGCUACCUUUUACCAAGAAACACAGUGGUGAUAUUUUAAAGGAAGGGUGGAAGUUGCACUACUACUUUUUUGUAUUUUUCAAAAACAUUAAAAUUAACUACAGUGUUAAAUGUAUUUAUUUGAGCAUAGUACUGAAAACAAAAAACAUUGAAGAGGGUUUUUUCUUUAUUAGUAAAAGAGUCAGUAUUUUCAUAAAUCUCAGAAGAGCUGAGAGUUUUGUUGAAUGUAUUGUACAGUAUUUAGGAGCAGGAAAACUUUGUAAAUUGGAAAGAAGUCUGUUUUUAUAAUUUAUUUUCAUUUUUAAAGCUUAAUUGUAGAUAUGUAUACCUAUACAGGGUUUCUAGAAGCCAAUGUUGUUUCUCAUUAUUACAGCUAACAUAGUAAAGAGCAAUUUUGACUUUCAAGUAUGAAGCAAUAGUAAAGCUAAAGCUGCAAAGAAUAUAAAAUCUAUACUGUAUGCCACAUACAUCUACCUAAAUAUUGCACUAUGCCCUUUAAAUCAUGUUGGUUAAAGUAGUUCUAAAAUUUUAAUAAUAAUAAUAAUAUAAUAUUUUCUUUUUAAUUUAUAUGGGGGUCAUAAAAAUUAAUCUGGUGAUUUGUAUAUGUGUUAGAAAAUUUUGCAUUUUCUUUAAAAAGUAAUAUGGUACUUUGGUCCCUACAAACAGUCUGCACUUAGAAGUUUGUUAUAUUUACUCAAUGUUUCAGAAGUAGAGAACAUUAUCUUUUAUUUAUAAACAUAUUUUGUCCUUUUAUAAAUGUUUUGUGUUUCUCUACAGGUUACAACAGUUGCUUCAGUUGCCUGUUUUAGGUGUUUGCACUUAUUUUAUUUCUUCUUGAAAGAAUGUCUUUAUUUGCUUUUGUGUAGAGAUUUUAUGUAAUUUUUCUUGAAACAUAAUGGUAUGCUGUCAACUUAAACACUGACAGGCAAAUAGAAUUGUACACUGUAGUUUUAAUUAUUUAUAAUUGACACACUCUCUCCCUCUCCACUCCUGAAGUAUGCUGCUAUAGAAAAUAGCAGGGUCGGCUUGCUGCUAUGAGAGAUGGAAAGAGCGACCACCACUUGCACUGUGUGAAAGAUAAAAAGCAAAUGAUGGCAAGUUCUCAAGUUAACUUAAUGAAAUCAACCAUUACCAGGCAAAUCUUGCAGAUACCAAAAUACUGUGUCUUAAAAACAAAACAAAAAAAAAGCAUAAGGUUUUCUGAUGUUUUUGUUAAUAUAAAUGGAAAUAUUAAGUAUUUUAAUACCUAGCUCUUGAACAGUAGACCUAAAAGGUUUUAAACUAUUUAAAUCUACUUGCUAGUUUUUGCAUAUUAUACCUAGUGAGAAGUGAGGAAAAUUUAUGGUACAAGAUUAUGACUUGUUGAUAACAAAUACGUAAACCAAUUAGAUUCUUAGCAUGUUUGUUAAGUAAAUGUUGAUCGCUUCCUAAUUAGUGAACUUCUCACAGAAAUUUCACUUUGUAAAACCAAUGGUUAUCGCAAAAUCAUACUGAAUCAUUUCAAUUUCAGUUACCUUGACCUAAUAGCAUAUAAUGUUUUUGUGUUUUGUUUUUGUUUUUUAAUGUAGCCCUUAGUUGGUUUGGAUGUACAUAGUCUCCAAUCACCAAAGUAUAUUAUCUUAAAAGAACUAUAUUUUUUUAAAGUAUAAUUUUUCUUGAGCAUUAAAUUUCUCAAACAUAAUAUAUUUCAGAUAACCAGGGCUUAUUGGAAAUGGUUCAUAUUUUUAUUGGUAUUGGUUGAAUCUUCCAGUUAACUGCUUUGUUGCUUUUUGAAAGAUUUUAAAUGUCGGCAACUUAAGUCACCUUACUACUGUUGUAUUCAUUUGAAUUUCAUUCAGUAUGUUGUAAAAAUGCCAGACAUACAUGUAGCAGCCAUACUUACAUGGAAACUGACUACACAUAUAUAAUAUGCAUUUUGUUGUAAGGUUUUCACAUUAAUACAGAAAUUACCUGAUUAAAUUGAGUUUUUUUAGUAUUGGGAAAAUAUUCCAUUGUAAGAGAAUCUUGCAUACAAUGUUGACAUAUAUUAACAUCAAAAAUAAAGC